UCUGCCACCUUUGGCCCUCCUUAAAACGGAGCUGCGGGACUCAGUGGGAGGGUUUUAUUCCAGCCUGCAGACUCAUUCCCGGCAGACACAUUCACCCACGCCUGCACCUACAUAUAACUUUGCCAUGGCAUCUCCACUGAAGAGUCUGGUUCAUGAUGAUAGCAGGUACCAGAAAUCCUUCAAACUUUUUCUGGAGCGCUCCUCUGAGCAUCAGUGUAUGCGGGACUUCAUCCACAAUCUACUGCCAGAUAUACUGGCCAGCAUUGGAGAUGGAAAGUCCCAUCUAAAUAUCAUCGGAGUUGGAAGUGGAGCUGGGGAGAUUGACCUUGAGAUGCUCUCCGAGCUCCGUCUGAAGCACCCAGGGGUGACUGUGGAUAACGAGGUGGUGGAGCCCAGUGGCCAGCAGCUACAUAACUACAGAGUUCUGGUGUCACAGAAACCUGGUUUAGAUUACGUCAAAUUUAACUGGAACAAGAUGACUGCCUCUGAGUUUGAGGAGCACUGGAAAGUGAAAAAGAUGACUAAGAAAGCAGACUUCAUUCACAUGAUACAGAUGCUGUAUUAUGUGAAGGAUCCUGGAGCUACCAUCAGCUUCUUCCAGAGUCUCCUCGAAAAGAAUGGGAAGCUUCUUAUCAUUCUAGUCUCUGGUGAGAGUGGAUGGGGAAACCUGUGGCGGACUUACAGGAGCCAGCUCUGUAACACAGAAAUAAGUCAGUGUGUGACUACUGGAGACAUCAAAAGCUUCCUGGACUCCAAGGGAGUGAGCUACCAGAGCUACGAGCUGCCAUCUCAAAUGGAUAUCACCGAGUGUUUCACUGAGGGGGAUGAGAAGGGAGAGCUGCUGCUUGAUUUUCUCACUGAGGUGCUGGACUUCAGUAAGACAGCCCCACCUGAGCUGAGAACUGGUGUCUUGGAGUUACUUCGGCACCCAGACUGUAGUGUAGAGUCCAACGGCAAAGUUAUUUUUAACAACAACCUUGGAGUAAUAGUCAUAGAUUAGCUCACUUAAAAACAGGCUGUUAAUAAAGUGAAUGUUAAAUUUAGAACCUAGUUGUUAAAUUAAUUAAAAUGGGCUGAUUGUUUUAAAAUUGUUUGGUUUAUAAGCUUUUUUGUAAGCUUUUAGUCUUUGUGAAAUGCUUUGAUGAUCAAUUCUGUACAAACCUGCUUCCACACAACCUGAACCUGAUCUCCAGGAGCCUUUUUUGAUUAUAUAGGUUUUAUAAAAGUAGUUAUAGGUGUAGAUACCAGUAUUCUUUAUUAAUUAUUUAUAUUCAUAUUUUUAUAUAUACAAAAUUAAAAAUGUCUUGAUUGUAAUCUUCUUUCCUAAACCAAUUUUGUUUCGAGCCACCCAAACAAAAUGUAAUGAUCACAAUUUUAAUCAGAUUCAGAUAUCAGCUUCAGAUUCUACGUCAUAUAAUUUUUAUGGGCUACAGCUGGCAGGCUGUGCUACCAACCACAUUACACUGCUGCUCUCAUUGGAUCCUAUUACUUUGGAGAUAUAAAAAUAAAUGGAAAAUUGAACAUUACAUUUUCCAUGGAGAUCGAGCUGUUAAUUUUAGAUAAGCUGAACACUCCUGUCGGGGUGUCUUUUGUGUCUUUGCUUUUGAAUGUUGUACAUUGAAAUAGUUGCAGAUUACAUUUACAUCACAGAGACAUAUUAAAAACCUCCAUCUUUUUAUGGUUGUCUUUCUAUUUUGCAUGGUAGCUGUAUAUGUAUAUUUCCAUAUUAAUAAUUGUUAGACUUUAAAAUACACACAAAUUUCUUGUAAAUAUUUUUUUCCUGUCUCAAAAUUGUUUUAAUAUGAGGUAUAAAACAUGGCUGAACUGACUGGAAGAUAAAGCAAUGGUACUAACUAGUUUAUGUAAUUUAUAUUUGCUUUAUUAACUGUCUUUCCAGGUCAAUGACUUGAGCCUAUAUGUUUCACUGAUUUGGGGCUCUAGUGUGGCUUAUAAAUGCAAAAAUAAACAACCAACCGGUACAGAAGGGCUUUUAUACUGACUGUGAUAACUCUACACAACCUAAAUUUAAUUAUACUUUGGAAAACCAUAUAUUCAGCUUUACAACCUGCACCAGCGGUAGGUACAGACUGACAUUUGCAAUGUAUUGGUUAGGUAAACACUAGCAAAAUGGUAGCUGCUGGUCUCAGCCAACAAAAGUAUCACUGAUAUAUGAAGUAUUGGCACCAUCUUGAGGGCAACAUUAGUAACUGUCUGUGUGAUAUAUGGGUGGGCAGAUCAAGGGUACAGAUCACAGACAACUUAAGGAACUUAAGAGACCACUGAUCAUCUAUAUUACAAAAGGCGUAAAGCUCUCUCUCUCACACAC